UAAAUGAACGUCUAUCUUACUACUCACGUUCCCAAAUACAUAGACAAAUACAGUGCGACCACGACGUUUUAAUCAGGUUAUUUUUUUAAUGUCAAUAUUAUGGGGUGCUGGAGAUUCUCGGCAGUGAAUAUUGUUCUUCUGUCUUUCUGUCUUCCUAUCCUCUCCUUCACACACAUCAAGACCAACCUGUGUAAGUGGUGUGACUACUCCAGCCCUAUCUGUGAGGACAGUGUGUGUUAUACCAACUGCUCCCUUUCCUCCUUCUGUGCUCUGAGUGAAGAGAUCUGCAUUGCAAUAUGGCGGAAGGACAAUGAGAGUAUGAGUGUGAAGACGUUAUGCCACCAGCCCCAGCAGCCACUGGAGAAUAUCAUGUUGUCAAACUACUCCUCCAACGAGUGUGUGAUGGCUCCUCAGCCCUCUGAGGAUGGGGUCCUGUUCGUUUGUGGCUGCCUGGGAGAACACGAGUGCAACGAUAAGCUUAUAUUCGACAAGGGCUACAAUGAUUUUUCCAAGCUCAAGAGUAAAGAUGUGAUUCCAGUGGUGGUGAUCAGCCUGGUCCCUCCCUUUUUAGUGGCUAUCAUCGCUACCAUGGCUUUCUACCUGUACCGUACCAGACAGCCCGGCAAGCAGCCCAAAGACUGGGCUCCCAAACGCACACACUACCAGGCCUUGGACAUCCCAGAGGGACUCAGUGGGGAGGCCAUCACCGGCGGUGAGGACUGCCAUGGCAAGCUGUCAGCCAUCAAUAGCGACGCUACAUCUGACAUGUCUCCCGUCCGGGCCCAUAACUUCAACCACAGCACCGAGCAGCUACCCAUCCAGCUAGAAGCCUUGGUGGGGAAAGGGAGGUUUGCUGAGGUGUGGCGGGCCAGGCUCCACCACCAGGCAGCUGGUUCUCAGUAUGAGACGGUGGCAGUGAAGAUCUUCCCGUCUGUCGAGUAUGUGUCCUGGAGCAACGAGAGGGCCAUCUUCUCUGACGCCAACCUGGAGCAUGAAAAUGUGGUUCAAUUCCUGACAGCAGAGGAGCGAGGGCCCUCCGGCUCCCCUCAGAGGCAGUACUGGCUGGUCAUGGCCUACCACGGCCUGGGAAACCUACAGGACUUCCUGGCAGGCCAUGUGUUGAGCUGGGCUGAGCUGUGUGCUAUGGCUGGGUCGGUGGCUCGAGGAUUGGCCCACCUCCACAGUGACACCACCCCUUGUGGGAUCCCCAAGGUGCCGGUGGCCCACCGUGAUCUGAAGAGCAGCAACAUCGUGGUGAAGAGCCGGAGAGAGUGUGCCCUCUGUGACUUUGGUCUGGCUCUGAGACUGGACCUCUCCCUCACCGUGGAUGACUUUGCCAACAGUGGCCAGGUGGGUACAGCUCGCUACAUGGCCCCUGAGGUGUUGGAGUCCAGAGUGAAUCUGGAGGAUCUGGAGGCCUUUAAACAGAUGGAUGUCUACUCCAUGGCCCUGGUCCUCUGGGAAAUGGUGUCCCGCUGUGAAGUCAUAGGAGAGGUUAAGAGUUACGAGCCGCCGUUUGGCUCUAAGGUGUGUGACCAGCCGUGUGUGGACAGCAUGAGGGACCUGGUCCUGAGGGACAGAGGCAGACCUGAGAUACCCACCAGCUGGACAACACAUCAGGGGAUGAAUCUGCUGUGUGCCACAAUCACUGAGUGUUGGGACCAUGACCCAGAGGCCAGGCUCACAGCCCACUGUGUGGUGGAGCGCUUUGGAAGUCUCGAAGAGGAGAUGGAGCAGGGGGUGUUAGAUGCUGUCAACAACAGCCAGGAGUGUCCUCCCUCUGACACCUUCCCUGACUCCACCGGCUGUGAUGUGGACCCUCUGGCCCCUGAAACAGAUACAGAGGGGACCCUCAUCCCUGGGCAGAUAAGUGAGAUAUUAUAAGGAGGACUUAAACUCGAUCACCAAAAAGAGACACAUCUUUGUAUGAUAGAUUGAAGGCACUCUACCCUAUGAACAAAGAGGAAAAAAGACACAUUUUUCUAUGAUAGAUUGUAUCAUUUGAAGGAGCUGGUCUCCGGAUUGAUUUGUAAUAUAACCUUUAUGAAGUGUCUUAUGAAUGCACUUAUGAACUUUUGCCACUGAAGAGAUAUUCUUUCUGCCCCUUGGAAAGUUGUGUGUACAGGAUUCAGGGAACAGAGCAAACAAGCAGACCACAAAUCAUUAUCCCAACUUCACUAUCACACUGUAACAUGUCAAUUUUACAAAUAACUCAAAAAGCAGAUUAGUUUCCAAAUCUGAAGUAGAUACAUCCUGUAAUGAAUGAUCACAUGGAUCUGUUCUAAAUGCAGGUUGACGUUUAUUUUCAUGAGUCUUGUCCUGGAGGCAGAACUGAUCUAUUUCCGCUUAGAUAGGCCAGCUGCAAAGA